AUGACUUAUUAUCACCAGAUCAGUGAGGCAGCAUGCAAUGUUAAGUGUCAAACGGAACUCCACGUCAAAGUCUACACAUGCAAAGAGAGCAAAGCCUGUCUGCCUUUGGGUAAGGCUAGGUGUUCAACUUCGAAUGUUGAACAAUGACAGCGGGAUCUGAAAAACAAGGGAGGAAAAAAAUACAACGGCUUUCAGAUGCAUAUGUCUUUUUGGUUCGGGGCGGACUUGGGGUCGUUUCUUUUCCCGAGUUACGUCAUAAGCACAACUUGGAGCCUGGUCGCCACUUGCAUAGGAUUGACAAGUCUCGCUAUUCUCUUCGAAGGCAUGAAAAUACUGCAAGUUAAACUGAGACUCAACACCCUCGCUUCGAUGUCAGAAGAUCAGUCUCAUUCCAAUGAAAACUCCUCUUUGUUGUCAAGACUUUCUUCCGCAUCCUUCGCACGCACUGCCUCCGCAAAUUGUGGAAGCUGGCCGAGAUGGUUUUUAGAGGUAUUUCAUUGGUCUGCUCACACGACUCUGGGGUAUCUGCUUAUGCUGGCUGUGAUGACUUACAAUGGUUAUCUCAGUAUUGCUUUAAUCCUUGGAGGAGGUUUCGGGUAUUGGAUGUUUGGACCGUCACUUCACCAACUCAAUAUGCAUCAGAUUAACGACCAACACAAGAAUACGCAAUGUGAUUUAGAGUGCUCUGAUGCAAUAACAAGUACCGAAAGACGUCAAUCGAGUGUGUCUGUAAUCGCAGAGCAGCUGGCAUCAGAAGCUAGUGCACAAGUGCACACGUGAUGGAGAUUUAGUAAACGAGGAUCAAGACAAAACAAGCAACUGAGAUGAUCGAUAUACAAUUGAGCAGCUAUAUGCAAUAGUUUAAUUCUAAGUAAGACUUGAGGAAUGGCGUCUGUUCAAGUGACGAUUUUUUAUAAUUCAGACGAUUUUUGAUAACUCAGUUAUAUUUUAAAACAUUUUGAUACUUUAUCUUUAUUUGUUAGACCAAUGAGCUAUUGUACUAAUUUUGAGUUGAGCAAAAGUGCUGGGUGAGCAUUUUUACACCCACCUACUUUCGGAUUGUUUUCAAAAGUUCACUUCACAGUAAUAUAUUAUGUUAAUAAAAAGUCUAUUCCUUU